CAUACCCACUACUGUCAUUGUCACUCACCCCACUGCCAAAAUAAACCCCCAUUUCAACACCCUCAGGCCAUGAGCCAUGUGGGAUGCCCCACAGAGUUCAUGCCACGCCCUCGGCUACUCCAAGCGCUGCUUUGCCAAGCGCAAACUGGACCUAAACAGUAUCGAGUACCAGAGCUACAUCCACAGGGACGUGCUGGGGUACCUGGACAAGUGUUCCAUGCCGUCAAAGGCCCCCAGGCCGAAAAAGGACGCGCCCAAGCAGCCUCCUCCUCCUCCUCCGGAGAAGAAGAAGCCUCCCCCAAAGAGCGAAACUAAGUAUCAGCCGGUGUAUAUGAGAUUCGAAAAACCCCAGGAGGAGGGUAAAAAGUUAUUCGGGAGCAAACCGGGCAGUUCUAAGAGGGACGGCUGCGAGAGAUGCGCGUUGAGAGGGAAGAGGGAGUCGACAACGAGCGCGGGAGGGUUGUACCAUAUGGUACCGGAAAAAUGUCCCAUGAAAUACUCAGAGUUGCGCAGGCAAGUGGUGAAGAAGCCGGCAGCACAACCUCCAGAGAGCCGAAAGAGUUCCAAGGCGCGUGAGGAGGUACCGACGGAGAAGCCCAAGAGGCACCCAGUGCUGAUUUUGAGGAAGAAGUGCUACAAAAAGGGUGAGAUUGUCGGGGCCACGCCCAGUGAGGCUUUAUACUCCGCCUCACUUCCCUCCUAUGGGAGGCUGAACUUCGGUAAAUGGAAAGCGUAUUGGUAUGGCGAAAAAGGGUCCGGAUUCAAAGCCAAAGGCCAACCACAAGACUUCUACAGGAUCCGAGACGAGUGUCUGGACAGCGGCACCCUCUUCGAGGAUCCAGAGUUCCUGGCCAACGAUUCCUCCCUGUAUUUCAGCCAAAGACCUGACAGGUACUACGAAUGGAAGCGACCAAGUGAGAUCUGCGAUAAUCCCCAAUUCUUCGUCGAGGGUUACUCGCGGUUUGACGUGCAACAGGGCGAGCUGGGCGACUGUUGGCUGUUGGCCGCUGCAGCAAAUCUCACCCUGUACAACAGACUCUUCCUGCAAAUCGUACCGGACGACCAGGACUUCGAUGACAAAUACGCGGGCGUUUUCCAUUUUAGGUUCUGGCAGUACGGCAAAUGGGUGGACGUGGUGAUCGACGACCGUCUCCCCACCUAUAGAGGGGAACUAGUAUUCCUGCACUCAACGGAGGAGAACGAGUUCUGGAGUGCCUUAUUGGAGAAAGCUUAUGCCAAAUUACACGGCUCGUAUGAGGCCCUAAAAGGAGGCUCCACCUGCGAGGCCAUGGAGGACUUCACUGGAGGUGUGACGGAGAUGUACGAGCUGGACGCAGCCCCUCCGAACCUCUUCCAGAUCAUGAUUAAGGCCUACGAAAGGGCCUCCCUGAUGGGCUGCUCCAUAGAGCCAGACCCGCACGUGGUCGAGGCAGAAACUCCCGAGGGGCUGGUCAGAGGUCACGCCUACAGCAUCACCAGGGUCCAAUAUGUCGAUAUCCAGACCCCCAAUGUCACCGGGAAGAUCCCCCUGCUGAGGCUGAGGAACCCUUGGGGUAACGAGUCCGAGUGGAACGGGGCCUGGAGCGAUGGGUCACCGGAAUGGAGGUUCAUUGGGGAGAGCGAGAAGGAGGAGCUUGGUCUCACGUUUGACAAUGACGGGGAGUUCUGGAUGUCUUACAAGGACUUCCAGAAGCACUUCAGCAGGGUGGAGAUCUGCAAUUUAAACCCGGAUUCACUGAGCGAGGAGGAGAUCAAGGAGGGUAACAAGAAGAAGUGGGAGAUGUCCGUGUAUGAGGGAGAGUGGGUGCGCGGAGUGACUGCCGGAGGGUGCAGGAACUUCUUGGACUCCUUCUGGCAUAAUCCACAAUACAGGAUCACCUUGACGGACGUGGACGAGGACGAUGAGGACGGGAAUUGCACCCUGAUCGUCGCCCUGAUGCAAAAGAACCGCAGACAAAUCAGGAGCACCGGCGCUGAUCUUUUAACCGUCGGUUUCGCCAUUUACCACCUCCCCUAUCCAGACCGCGUACCGAAGCCCCUGGACGUCCAGUUCUUCAAGUACAACGCGUCAGUAGCGCGUUCACCCUCAUUCAUCAACCUCCGAGAGGUCUCGUGUCGCUUCAAGCUACCCCCGGGGACGUACUGCAUGGUCCCGUCGACCUUCGACCCCAACGAGGAGGGAGAGUUCCUCCUGAGGGUGUUCAGCGAGAAACCGAACAUUAUGGAGGAAAACGACGAGGAAAUCGGAUUCGGAGAGCUAGACGAAAAAAUCCCCGUGAACGAACCCUUUGCCGUUGCCGAGCACGUUCCUCCCUCUAUCCCUGUCCAAGAACCCCUCAUCCAGAAAACCGUGCGUGAACUAUGGGCGGAGGUGGCAAACGCCGAUGUCACCGAAGAAGAACGCGAGGAAACCGAUAAGGUUUACGAGGUCUUUUUGAAACUGGCCGGCGAGGACAAGGAGGUGGACUGGAAGGAGCUCAAAGAAAUCCUGGAUUAUUCCAUGCAGGACGAACUGAAAGCGGCCAGUGGGGUUUACUACAAGAAGGAGGAGGGUGUGUUGAGUGCCACCCCUCACCAGGAGGAGGAGGAGGGCUUCUUCAGCCAACUCUUGGGGCUGAUUUGCGGCCAUUUUUGCAAAGACUCGCCCCUCUCCGAGUUGGUGGUGAAACCCAACGCGAGCGCCCCCUUGUUGCACUCGUUCCAUGACUUAACCAAAUCGGGCUUCUCAAAAGACAUCUGCAGAGGGAUGAUUGCCAUGAUGGACCUGGAUAGGUCUGGGAAGCUCGGAUACGAGGAGUUCAAGAAUCUCUGGACCACACUGAGGAACUGGAAGAAUGUCUGGAUAAUGUAUGACCAGGACAAGUCUGGCAGCUUCAACGGGUUCGAGUUGAGAGAAGCCCUGCACUCAGCUGGAUACCGUUUGAACCACAAGGUCCUCAGUGCGCUGAUGCAUCGCUAUGGGAACAAGGCCGGAGAGAUCCAGUUCGAUGACUUCAUGAUGUGCGCCAUCAAAGUGAAAACCAUGAUGGACAUUUUCCGGGCCAAGGACCAGACUGGAAAGGACUCGGCCACGUUCACUCUGGAAGAGUGGCUCGAGAUGACGCUCUAUACGUGAUUUAUUUAUUUAUUAAUCGGUAUUUUAUGUAUUUUAUUCUUGCUGUAAGUGUCUUGCACGAAAUCUCUCGCCUAUGUGAUUUACUCUUUAAUAUAUUUUAAUAUAUCGAUA